CUUAAAUAGAAUCGGGGACAAUCACCAACAAGACAAAAAUCGAUGUGUACUCAAUACAGCGUCAUCAUGCUGAACUUCAUAAUUUACGCUCUAUUUGUGAUUGAUGCCGUAGCAGCAUGCGAAAAUGGGGAAUAUCAUCCACAUUCGACUGACUGUAACAAAUUUCUACAAUGUUCCAACGGAGUUCUAGUUGAACAAACCUGCGCUAGUGGCCUACACUGGAGUGUUCAGGACUCAAGAUGUGAACAGCCGGCUGAUGCUGGAUGUACAACUUCUUCCGAGACUUGUACAAAUGAGGAAUUUCGUCCACAUUCGACUGACUGUACCAAAUAUCUACAAUGUUCCAACGGAGUUCUAGUUGAACAAACCUGCGCUAGUGGACUACACUGGAGUGUUCAGGACUCAAGAUGUGAACAGCCGGCUGAUGCUGGAUGUACAACUUCUUCCGAGACUUGUACAAAUGAGGAAUUGCGUCCACAUUCGACUGACUGUACCAAAUUUCUACAAUGUUCCAACGGAGUUCUAGUUGAACAAACCUGCGCUAGUGGACUACACUGGAGUGUUCAGGACUCAAGAUGUGAACAGCCGGCUGAUGCUGGAUGUACAACUUCUUCCGAGACUUGUACAAAUGAGGAAUUGCGUCCACAUUCGACUGACUGCACUAAAUUUCUACAAUGUUCCAACGGAGUUCUAGUUGAACAAACCUGCGCUAGUGGACUACACUGGAGUGUUCAGGACUCAAGAUGUGAACAGCCGGCUGAUGCUGGAUGUACAACUUCUUCCGAAACUUGUACAAAUGAGGAAUUGCGUCCACAUUCGACUGACUGUAACAAAUUUCUACAAUGUUCCAACGGAGUUCUAGUUGAACAAACCUGCGCUAGUGGACUACACUGGAGUGUUCAGGACUCAAGAUGUGAACAGCCGGCUGAUGCUGGAUGUACAACUUCUUCCGAGACUUGUACAAAUGAGGAAUUUCGUCCACAUUCGACUGACUGUACCAAAUAUCUACAAUGUUCCAACGGAGUUCUAGUUGAACAAACCUGCGCUAGUGGACUACACUGGAGUGUUCAGGACUCAAGAUGUGAACAGCCGGCUGAUGCUGGAUGUACAACUUCUUCCGAAACUUGUACAAAUGAGGAAUUGCGUCCACAUUCGACUGACUGUACCAAAUUUCUACAAUGUUCCAACGGAGUUCAAGUUGAACAAACCUGCGCUAGUGGACUACACUGGAGUGUUCAGGACUCAAGAUGUGAACAGCCGGCUGAUGCUGGAUGUACAACUUCUUCCGAGACUUGUACAAAUGAGGAAUUGCGUCCACAUUCGACUGACUGUACCAAAUUUCUACAAUGUUCCAACGGAGUUCUAGUUGAACAAACCUGCGCUAGUGGACUACACUGGAGUGUUCAGGACUCAAGAUGUGAACAGCCGGCUGAUGCUAAUUGCAACCCGUCUACAAGAAAGUAAUAUUUAUAAUCUGAAAAGAAAAAAAAAA